UUAAUUUUACAUUCCUGAAUUUUGACAGUAGUGGGAGUAAAUCUGAAGUUGAAGAAUGAAAACGUCAAAGUUGUACUAAAAUAUCUCUUUUACAAUGUUUAAACUAGUGAAAUUUGUAAACAAAAAUCCGAAGAAGCUUUUAUGUUUACGGGGAAAGCUCAGCAAAGGAAGUUAAUUAAAUAUUUCUUAGGUUUAAGACCAACAUCCCAAAAUGGCUUCUGGUGACACAAUAGAGACUAUUGAAAAUGUGGAAAAUUCUGUGAUAUAUAAUACUCCUAAAGAACACCCUUCUGUGCAAGAAAUUCAUUAUCAGAAAGAUAAAGAUGCUAUUUCAAUUGAAAGAGGAGAUUCAGAUGGUAAACAAAAUGUUCCAAAAUCAGGAACUAAUACAAUACUUAGAACAAAAGCAGAAAGAGAAAAAGAUAGGGAAAGGAAAAUUGGUCACCGAAGGGUGGGAGUGGGGGGUGAAAUCACCUAUAAAAAAAUACAAACAUCUCAAAUUAUGGGAUCUAUACAAUUGGGAAUCCAACAUGCAGUGGGUGGUCUAGCAUCUAAACCUGAGAGAGAUCUUCUUAUGCAAGAUUUUAUGACUGUAGAAACUACAACUUUUCCAAGCGAGGGCUCUAGUCAUACUCCUGCCCAUCAUUACUCAGAAUUCAAAUUUAAAAAUUAUGCUCCCAUUGCAUUUAGGUAUUUUAGGGAACUAUUUGGAAUUCAACCAGAUGAUUUUCUUAUGUCAAUGUGUAGUGCUCCACUAAGGGAAUUAUCAAAUCCAGGUGCCAGUGGUUCAAUAUUUUACUUGACAACUGAUGAUGAGUUUAUUAUAAAGACUGUUCAACAUAAAGAAGGAGAAUUUUUACAAAAAUUAUUAGCAGGUUAUUAUAUGAAUUUAAAUCAAAAUCCUAGGACGUUGCUACCAAAAUUUUUUGGUUUGUACUGUUAUCAGUGUAAUAGUAAAAACGUACGAUUAGUUAUAAUGAAUAAUUUAUUACCUAGCUCUGUUAAAAUGCAUCAAAAGUACGACCUGAAGGGCAGCACAUACAAGCGAAAGGCCUCGAAAACGGAAAGGCAGAAGCGUUCGCCGACAUUUAAAGACUUGGAUUUCAUGGAGCAUCAUCCAGAAGGGAUUCUUAUGGAAGCAGACACUUACAGUGCACUUGUCAAAACUAUACAGAGGGACUGUCGUGUACUGGAAAGCUUCAAAAUAAUGGACUACAGUCUUUUGGUUGGAGUGCACAAUUUGGAUCAAGCUCAAAAAGAAAAACAGCAAGAAAAGAAGGUUGAAGAAGCCCUAGAUCACGAACUUUAUCAGAGAGAGGCAGGAGAAGAUCCUAGUGUUGCCAUGGUUUACGUUGAAAGAGAGAAAGAAAAAGAUGACCGAAUAGGGGCGUCUUCCCUUAAUAGAACGCGAUCGAUUAAUCGUCAAAGGCUUGUAGCCCAUUCGACCGCUAUGGAAAGCAUUCAAGCGGAAUCCGAACCCAUCGACGAAGAGGAAGAUGUACCGCCUGGAGGAAUACCUGCAAGAAAUGCAAAAGGCGAAAGGUUAUUACUUUUUAUCGGUAUCAUAGACAUCUUGCAGAGCUACAGGCUGAAAAAGAAGUUGGAGCACACCAUUAAGUCCAUGAUUCAUGAUGGCGACACCGUUUCAGUUCAUAAUCCAAGUUUUUACGCUUCCCGAUUCCAACAGUUCAUGGCAAACAAAGUUUUUAAGAAGAUACCCUCGCUGGACUUGCCUGAAAUUAAGGGCAACCAUCGCAAGUUUCGAACACUGGUUACCAGCUACAUAGGUAAUAUUGCCAGAUAGAGUGCCAGUUAGUUA